CCGAAUUAGAAAAUCCAGGGUUAACAAAGCUUGCUGAUACACUGCUUCAUUACAUCGCUUUUCUCCUCCCCGUUUCCGUCGCUCGGACACUAAUUGAUAAUGUGAGACGUGCCGCAGCAAAUGGUCGCGUCGGUUCAGCUUGGUUUUCCUCCGUUUCACGACCGCGGGUUACGAUUUGAUUACUAAAUCUAGCAUUGAAACAUCUCGGAUAACUGCGCGCACCCGCUCCGCCAGCGAGGGGAGAUCAGUCGCACGCCGAGACACCGAUCACAAUCCAUGAAUUCAGACAGAGAUUUCCCGAUGAUGAGGAAGCAGGAGAGGGCGCAUUUUUUCAGCUCCAAAGAGCAAGAACUCAUUCUGAAGUUGUAUGAAGAGGAGAGAGAGAUACUGACAGCCAAAUCCAACACUACCAGUGCCUCCAAACUGAGAGAAGAAGCCUGGCAGAGAAUUGCUGAUAAAAUAAAUGAGGUGUCGGACAGCGGCUACAAAAGAACAUGGCAGCAAGUGAAAGUCAAACACAAGAACAUAGUGCAAACAGCUAAAAGAAGAAGGGCUGAGGUGGUAAGGAACGAGGAGGGUUCGGCCACCCCGUCCCUGACCUCUGCUGAGGAGGAUGUGCUGCACCACAAAGACAGCAGGCUGAAGGUGGAGGUCCUUCCCAGUGGUGCCUGUGUCGACCCAAUAACUGUAUCUGACAACUCGUUUAUGAGUGUGUCUGGUCAUCCUGUCCUCCUCCUGCCGAUAACAAAGACUGAACCGGAGAGCUUGAGCAGCGAUGAGACAGACAUUAGUGAUGGUCAUUUUGAAGGGGAUGUGCACAUUAGCAGCUUCCAGGAGAGGCCCAACUCAGUCGGUGCUACAGCUGCUGGUAGAGGUGCAGAGAGGCAGACGGACGACGUAAAGACCCUUUACUGCUGCUACCUUAAAAAGGAGAUCGAGAACCGGGACCAGGAGAUGGCGUACAGAGCACUUAAAAUGAAGAAGCUGGAGAAAGAACUCUUACUACUUGAUAAACAGCUGAUGUGAUUGUAGAAAACGGUAAUCUUUUUAUUUGUAUUGUUAUAAUAUGCUAAAACAACAUUUAUUUAAGGUCAGACUAUUGGAAUGAAUUCCUUCAGUCACAUGUGUUGUAUUAACUGAUUUGCGACUUUUGCCACAGUGCAGCAGCAGCAGCAUGUGUAGGUUGCAGUUAACCCUUUGAGCUCUGGAGGGACCAGGACUAAAGCUAUAUUUUUAGAGCAGGUUCAGUGAUUUACACUACCGUUCAAAAGUGUGGGGUCACUUAGAAAUGUCCUUAUUUUUUAAAGAAAAGCAUUUUUUUUCACUGAAUAUAACAUUAAAUGAAUCAGAAAUCCAGUUUAGACAUUGUUAAUGUGGUAAAUGACUAUUCUAGCUGGAAAUGGCUGAUUUUUAAUGGAAUAUCUCCAUAGGGGUACAGAGGAACAUUUCCAGCAACCAUCACUCCUGUGUUCUAAUGCUACAUUGUGUUAGCUAAUGGUGUUGAAAGGCUAUGAUGAUUAGAAAACUCUUGUGCAAUCAUGUUAGCACAUGAAUAAAAGUGUGAAAAUUGUCUGGGUGACCCCAAACUUUUGAACACUAGUGGAAGUGUUGCAUAAAUGGUUGUUACUAAGCAGUCGGAAGUUAAAAGCGUCAAAUCUUUGCUGGACUUCUUCAAAUCCCACUGUGGCCUAAUGAAUAAGACAAAGACACUUAUUACUUUCUCCCAAAUGUCUGUGAUCCAUGGAAGCUAACGUUGGUAACUUUGGGGUAACAUUUGUUGCGCUGUUACUGACUGAAUAUGAGGAUUUCUAGUGAAGAUUUGAAAAAUGAGCCCAUAGGACAUUAGGGGUUAACUGCAGUGGUGGGUACCAGUGUUUGUAACAAUACUCUGAUUUUUGCAAUAUUGCACCAUGCAAUAGUAAGUAAGCCAUUAGGGUAAUCCUCAGACUGUGGAAGUAUUGAAAUCUUCCUAUACGUUGCCCAAAGAGCAUUUCAGUCCCUGCAUUGUCGAGGCAGUAGUUGCCCCAAAGCAGGCUUUAAGGCCCAGCGAGGGUUCAGAGUCACACAGAGGAUUCUACUAUCACAUGGUACACUGACACACUGCUGCUGCUGCUCCUCUGUGUUCCAGCACAAUGGAUUAGAAAUGAAUGAAUAUCUUUAAUUUCAGAGCAUUUACAUCCACAUCGGAUGAGAAGUUGAGGAACUGUUUGACUCUUUUAUACAUAAACUACCGUUCAAAAGUUUGGGGUCACUUAGAAAUGUCCUUAUUUUUGAAAGAAAAACAGUUUUGUUUUUUUUUUUUUUAAUUAAAAUGAAGAUAACAUUAAAUUAACUAGAAAUACAGUCUAGACAUUAUUAAUGUGGUAAAUGACUAUUCUAGCUGGAAAUUUUUAAUGGAAUAUCUCCAUAGGGGUACAGAGGAACAUUUCCAGCAACCAUCACUCCUGUGUUCUAAUGCUACAUUGUGUUAGCUAAUGGUGUUGAAAGGCUAAUUGAUGAUUAGAAAACCCUUGUGUAAUUAUGUUAGAACAUGAAUAAAAGUGUGAGUUUUCAUGGAAAACAUGAAAUUGUCUGGGUGACCCCAAACUUUUGAACACUACUGUAUUUGUGCAAUUUUAGGAGACAUUAAUGUGAUGAGUUACAUGAAUAAUGGUAACAUUUCUAGGAAUGUUGCUCAUCUGAGCAGAUCGUCUGCAUCCUCAGAAACCCCUCUGGCCUCUUAUAUCCAUACGAUGACAAAAGCAACUAUUUUGUCUGGUUGGGUUUUGUGGUUUAGUGUCAACAUGAAAAGCUGCUUUUGGAAAAUGUUUCUUCUACAUUGUGAUUGCAGGACAUAAGGAGCAGACUGCUAGUGCUGCAAAAGUUUGAACAGCUUUGGAAAUACUCAUUAGACCUCCUGUUUUCUUCACUACAUCUACACUAAUAAUGCAUCUUCUAGAUUACAUGAUUAUAAUAUUUAAGUACAUGCAGUAUCCAAACUGAAGUAUCGCUUAUCAGUGCCUAAAAGAAGAGAUGAUGCAGCCCUGGUGCUUAACAGAGGGAUGCAGUGAGAGAAUCAUUAACUGGUCUUGGAUCAGCCACACAACUCUCCAUUGUAACCUUUAGAAGUAAACACAGUGUGGUCACCAAGGACUACGAAGGAAGAGUCAGAAAACAGUGAUCACAGUAGUGUAAUAAUCAUUUCCAAAGGUGUAGAUGAUAUUUUUAGCUCAUAUUUGCCACAUGCUCAAUCAUCUUUUCAGUCCUUUUCAUUUGUUUGCAAAGACUGGGGUGAAAAUCAUCAUGUGUGAAGCUAUCUUACUUUAUCUUUUUUGAAUUAUUUAAAACCAGCUGUCUGUCAGAUGUAAAACAAACAAAACAAAGCAAAAAAAAAACUUAAUGUUGCUUCUAAAUAUGUUAUUUUUUAUAUCUAUUUAUGAAUUAGACAUCCUAAUUGUAGUUUCGUCCAUUAUUUGUGAUUUUUUUUCCUCGUUGUGUUUAAUUCUGUAUUUAUUCAUGAUUUUUGUAUGAACCCACUAUAACCCAGAACGCUUUAAGUUCUUAAAUGGAAACAGUUUGUUCAGUGUCUGACAUGUGGUGCAUAAACUGCUGAAUGAGGACUUAAAACAGUCCAAGAAUACGUGAUAUUAAAACUCCUUUGCAAUGACUGUGAUAUUGAUUAAAGAUGAGUUUUGGUACAAAGGU